AUGAAAUCUCGACCCUCGAUUCAUGUUCUGGUCUUGGGUGAUGUAACUCGAUCUCCUCGCAUAAAAAACCACGCUAAGUCGUUCUCUGAAGAUGGCUGGCGAGCUAAAUUUUCUGGGUAUCGGGGCGACAAACCAGUUUCUGAUGAUGGUGUUGGUGAUGACGUGGUCUAUUCAUAUAUAAUGGAACCACCUGCCUAUCUAGACAACUACUUUCCUCGUAUGUUAGCUCUUGUCAUUAAGAUGAUUUUCCUAUCGAUUUGGCUCUUCUUUCAUUUGGUCAAAAAUAUGCACGAAGAUUUGCUCUUUGUCCAGUCGCCUCCAGCAGCACCUACCCUCGUGGUUGUUUACUGUUUUGCACUGCUCAAGCGCUGUCCGGUUUGCAUUGAUUGGCAUAACUACGGUUACACAAUACUGGAUGCUACAUCUAAACAAAUGAGUGUCGCUUCUAGGGUAUAUAGGUUCAUGGAGCUGACGUUUGCUUCCUGGUUUCUUAAUUCGAAUGCUCUUGUAAAAACUCGCCACUUCGCUGUUAGUAAGGCACUGCACUUGGACUUGCAUGAUAAAACUGGCAUUGAGGCCUUGGUCGUCUACGACAAGCCAACGAAGGACUUUAGGCCCACAGCAGUUGACGAUGCACAUAAACUCUUUGUCCGUUUGUCACUCACCUAUCCCCAACUCGGUGGCCUUGAUGGGGCAGCGCAAAGUACGAUUUUUACGGAAGUGUACGACGAGUCAUCCGGCGCCUGUAGGUGGCGUGUCGAUAGACCAGCCCUUGUUGUCAGCGGCUGUUCCUGGACCCCAGAUGAUGAUUUCACCGUCAUGGUGGAUGCAUUAGACAUUUACAACGCCGCUGUUGCCUCUUCACCAAACAUCCACUUCCAUAAACUCGUAUGCGUUGUUACCGGCCGCGGACCAAUGAAACCCCAUUUCCAGGAGGUACUGCGGAAAAAGGACUGGAAACACGUGGUCGUCUUGACACCAUGGCUAGAAUGGACGGACUAUCCGCUCCUGCUGGGGUCUGCUGAUUUGGGUGUCAGCCUACAUCGAAGCACCUCAAAUCUUGAUCUGCCGAUGAAGGUUGUGGAUUUAAUCGGAGCCGAGGUACCAGUUCUUGCAUUGACAUACCCAGCUCUUUCUGAACUUCUUCCCCAUGGUCAACUGGGCUACCACUUCUCCACGGCGGAAGGCCUUGCCAACCAAUUAAUUCACCUUCUGAUGCCCAAAGAGGACUUUGAGGGGGUCGGCGACUCCCCGGAUCUAGUCCGAUGUCGAAGAAACCUACGUAAACUGAAACAAGUCAGCAAGGACUGGCACGCUCAAUGGAUGGAAACGGUAUCACCCACCUGUGCGGAACUAGUUAGGAGAGACACCAAAGAGAAGUGGGAUUGA